AUGGCUCCUUUUCAUAGAUUGAACAAAAUUUCUCUUCAUCUUUCACUUGAUGAUUCUUCCCAAUCUCGUUCUUUACUACCUGGUUUGAAAGAAGCACUUGUAUAUGCAACUCCCGAACAACGAAGAACUUGGCUUGGUGAGCCUCUGUAUCCAUUGGUGAAAGAACUUGAGCCAUUGCAGACCGCAAAAAUCACAGGAAUGCUUCUUCAAAUGCCCACAAGCGAAAUCGUUCAUUUGAUAGAAUCACCCGAAGCACUUAAAGCCAAAGUCAAAGAGGCAAUUGAGGUUCUACGGAACUCAAUUCCCACAGAGCUGCAGCUUACGAGCUCCACUAAGCCCAUGGAUUUCAUUGGUAUAGAAGUGAAGAAUGGUGAUUCCACCUACUGCUGGUCAGAUUGCAGGCUCCCUCCAAGAGCGUAUUGGGAGAAUCUAGCAUAUGCAACUCCCGAACAACAAAGAAAUAUGCUUGGUGAGUGUCUGUAUCCGCUGGUGGAAACACUUGAGCCACUCUGGACAGCAGAAGUCACAGCAGUGCUUCUUACAUUGGACCAAAGUGAAAUCCUUCAUUUGUUGGAAUCAUCUGACGCACUUAAAGCCAAAGUCAAAGAGGCAAUUGUGGUCCUAAGCGGCUCAUGGAUUCCGCAGCAGCUACAACAGCUUAUGAGCUCCAUCAAGCCCGCGAGUAAGCUCUAA